AUGGCAGCCGACGUUUUGGCACCCGGAUUCUGGGAAGUUGGCAGCUACAAGCACAAUGUCAAGCGAUUCAAGGAUGGUGUUGAGCAACUCGACGACUAUUGCAAGAUGAGCCGUGAGAGAGCUGAAAUCGAGGCAAAGUACAGUAAAAUGCUUUCACAACAUGCUGAGAAAUGGAGAGCUCAGGUUGAUCGUACUGUAUCUGCCGGAUCUGUGAAGACUGUCUGGCACGAGCUUAUUGGAGAAUCGGCAGCGCUCGCAAGAGUUCAUAACAAUCUGAAAGAAAAUUUGAUCGAUGACAUUGUAAAACAAACUUCCAACUAUCGCAAAGAAAGUCUUCACACUUCAGUGUUCAAGGGACCAAAGGAAAUUCGGGAAAUCGAGGAUCAUUUUGAGAAGGCGCAAAAGCCAUGGAAGAAGUUGGUUGAUAAGUUGGAGGAUAAACGCAGCAAGUAUUAUAAUGUGUGCCGUCAGGAAAAGUCGGCGGCCGUGAACAUGCAGAACAGUCAGACAGACACAUCUGUGUCGCAAGACGCUGCCAUCAAGUUCCGAGAACGUCAUGAGAAAUUGAAGGAGGAAGUGCAGAAAACAAAAACCGACUAUCAGAAGACGUUGACGAACCUCAACGAGUAUAAAAAUGUCUACAUGGAAGCAAUGGCACAUGUGUUCAAAAUGUGUCAGGACAAGGAAAUGGAUAGAUCUCAAUUCUUGAUUGGCGUGGUUCAAAAGACACAGAAACAUUACGCAGAUUUGAUCAGAACUAGCCAAAUGUCCGGGUUGCACCAACAACUCGAGCAAUCUAUCAGAUCAGCUGAUACAGAAGCUAUUAAAAGAGACUUGGCUCAAUGGUCCAGAGUAAACGGAGUAGAUGCCAACUCUGACUGGCCAAACUUUGUGGAAUACUCUCCAGAAAUUCGCAAUAUUACUGCUCGAGGAUCAACUAAGGAAGCUGCAGGAGGUGUUAUUCUUACAAGGCAAAUCAAUAGAAGUGAAGAUAUUCCGUCUACUCACUCGAAUACACUUCCAUCAGUUGCAGUCAACACUGCUUCAAAUCAUGAUGAUGUUGGAAAGAGUAGCCCAAAGAGCAGCAGCGACUCUGACACCAGCACUUUUGAUAGUCGGAAGCAUAACUCUGCUACCAACAAGUACAAGAAUCAACCACACCCAGCUAUUCAUCCUCCAUCUUGGCAUCCAUCUGAAGGUCCCGACUCUCCUUCACUCUCCACGGAAACUCCAGAUUCUGCGAAAUAUGGAGAUUUUGAGGAGUUCACAACCAGCAAGCCAGCUGUGGUUCUCUAUGACUACGCUCCAGCGGAAGGAGAUGAGAUUGGGCUCAGAAAGGGUGAGACGAUAGAGGUGCUCACCGAGCCAGACUCUUUGGGAUGGUGCACAGGACGAGUGAAUGGAACUAUUGGUCUAUUCCCAGCAAGUUAUGUGCAAUGUCAAGGCGAGAAAGCUUAA